GAGAAAUCACCAUGCUCAACAACUCCCCAACAACGCAAGGGGACGACUGCUGUUGUUUCUCAACGGCAUGUACUUGUGAUGAUAUGAUUGGCCAGGUCGCUUUGGUUACACAACAAGGCAUCCAACGGUCCUGGCAUAACAAAGACAGCUUCAACAACGUGUUCGAUGUUCGAGUUGGCUGAAGUAUUGUGUGAGGUGGAAAAGUGAUGGAUAGUUCGAGUGCAGAGAUGGAAUCUCGGCCCAAGGUUGCUCGCUAUGCGUGCGAGAGCUGUAAGAAGAGGAAGACAAAAUGCACCCGCGAACUUCCCAAAUGCGCCGCCUGCAAGCCAUGGCCUGGACCAUGCAACUAUGCCAGGCAGUUUCCCGACCCGGUGGCAGCUCCGGUGGCAGCUCCGUCGUCAGCAACCCUGGAACCAGCAAACAUCUUUGUUAGCUCUUCUCUCUCUGACCGGCUUGACCGAAUCGAGGCUACGCUGCAGACUCUCACAGCCGCCGUGACAAAACUGCUCGCUGUCACCGAGGCCAAGAGCUCCCAAGAGCCAAAGCCCGAGUCAAACCCGGCAGCAAAACAACCAGACGAAACAGACAGAUCAGCGCGCUCAAAAACAACAUGCACCAUCACGCCCCCCGUCAUCUCCUCCCUCGACGAAGCCAACGCACAUUUGGGAAACAUCAUCCCCAGCCACGACGACCACGACGAUCACAACGACCACAACCUCGCCCUCCAAAACCUCACCGACCUAUCCAACACCCUCACCUCCUUCCGCCUCGACAUGUCCCUCGACCUCGGACCCCACGACAACAGACAGUACAUCAUCCCCUCCCUCGAAACCGGCAACCUCAUCAUCUCCAAAUUCACCCCCCUAACCCUCUUCGCCUCCCCCUUCUUCACUCCCCCCUCCCCCCGCCUCCUCUCGACCAUCAUCUUCUCCCCCGGCACCGUGGCCCCCGGCUGGAUAAUCUACGCAAACUACUUCCUCCUCUCCUCCCCCAUAACCGCCACCCUCUUCCCCUCCUCCGUCCCCCACUGGCGUCACAACGUCCGCCUAGCCCUCCAAAACGCGUCUUUAUACCUCCACCCCAGCAAGGUAAACAUCGCAGCCUUCACCAUGCUCAGCUUUCACGGGGAAGAUUUCGCGGCGAGCCCAAACGUAAGCUGGAUGCUCUGCAGUCACCUAUGCCGUAUGGCGCAAGCCUUAAGACUAUGGGAGGGAGGGGGGACAGAGGGAGGGGAAGGGGAAGGGGAGGAGGAAAAACAGAGGGGUUUGGCCCUGUUUUGGGCGAUUUACAACAUGGAAAAGUGUUGUGCUUUGACGUUCGGACGGUCGCAGGUUGGGUUGUGGGAGGGGGUGGAUGUUGAGCGGGUGGAGAUGCCGAGGGGGGAGUGGUUUGGAAGUUUCAGGCCGCACUUGACGGGUCAGAGGAGGGCUAAGGGGGUUGAGGGGGUGGAUGCCGAGUUUGGGGGGUAUAUCUUUCUGAGGAAUGUCGAGCUGGCCAAGCUGAGCGGGAGGGUGUUGGAGUAUUUGGGGAAGGGGGAGGGGACGGAAGAGGAGAGGGAGGUCUUGAAGGGGAGGUUGGCGGAGUGGUUCAGGGAGACGGAUGAGACGUUUCGGGAGGGGGUGGAGAGGGAACGACAAGGGAGGGUGCCGGGAGCGGGGGUUGAUGUGAAGAGGGAGAAGGUGAUGAGGUUGUAUGAGUUUACGGUCAAGUUUCGGUAUCUGCAUGUGCUGAUCAUUCUGACAAAGGACUCGCCGGGGGACCGGGGGUUGAGGGUGGAGAGCGCGAGGCAGGCGAUUGGGAUUUUGCCCAUGACGGUUUCGGGGUGGGAUCCGGUUUACAACGGGGUUAUAUGGCAUCUCCUCUACUACCCGUUCACCCCCUUCUUCGUGGUAUUCGGGCACAUCGUCACCAACCCCAGAGCGGAAACAGUGCCUUCCGACCUCAGACUGCUCGAGACGGUGGUGGAGUACAUCAUUGCUCUGCGGCCGCUGCUCACUCUCCUCAGAGAUUUGACGGCCAAGCUGCAAAAAACGGCCGAGAUAUUCCUGAGGCUGGCGAGAAGGCACGUGGCUGAAACAACUGGAAGUAUGCCGUUCAGUUCUGCAUUGCAGGAGGAUGUCACUCACCCGACGGACUUCUCCCAACCGCAGGACCAACCGGACCUCUCGCAGCACCCCCCCGAGAUGGUGAUGCCUGACCAGCAAGACUUCUUCUCCCUAGAGGGUGUUGAUGUCGACAGGUUCCUCAGUUGGGUGCCCCAGCCCAUGGGAUUUCCAGGAGAUAUCGACUUUGGUGUUGGUGAUGGGACGGCGGGAGAGGAGGAGGAGGAGGAGGAGGAGCAGCAGCAGAAUAGGGGUGUCAAGAGGCCGUUGGAGACGACGUUUGACUGGUUUUCGUGGGAGAAUUAUUAUGCUGAUGCUACCCGGUAG